AUGCCAUCUCUAGGAAAGCAUUCCCGGUUCAUUUCAAAGCAAGUCGAAAUUAGAUUAUUUACCAUGUACCAACCGGCAAGCUCGACUCCGGACGAUCAGCGUAAUGUGGAGGUGAAGGCAAGGAUUCCGGGUGGCCAGGAGGGAUUCGCUGGCCGGCUGGAUAUUGCCCGGAAGCUGACCGGCGUGCCGGAAGCGGAACUAAUCGUGCAGCGAGACGUGUUCUUCAUAUCGCCGCUGGGCGGCCGCCUCAAGCUGCGCUAUCUUCAGCCGCCGGCUCGCUCCCAGCUCGUCUACUACGAUCGCCCCGAUGUGGCCGGGCCGAAGCUCUCCACGUUCAACAAGAUCGAAGUGGAUGAGCCCGAGCUGCUGGAGAAGAUCCUCCGUCAGUCGAACGGUGUGCUCGGUGUCCUGGCCAAGACGCGCCAUCUCUUCCUGCACGGCCAGACGCGCAUCCACCUGGAUGAGGUUCAGCAUCUGGGUCAUUUCAUGGAGUUUGAGGUGUGCCUGAAGCCGGAACAGACCCUGGAGGAGGGUCAAGCGAUUGCCGAGGAGUUGUCCAAGGAGUUUGGCAUCAAGGAGGAGGAUCUAAUGGCAGGAUCCUAUUUCGAUGCUCUAGCAAAGUAAGAUCAAGAAAAUAAAGGCCUUGUCAGCUCCCAAAUAUCUUGGAAAUAAUUAGAAACAA